GAUAUAAUAGAUAUAGUGGCGCAUUGGCCAGGAUCUGCACAUGAUUCACCAUUUUUGAUAAUUCAAGAAUCAAGGCUUUAUUAGAAAUGGGUACAUUUAAUGAUGGUUUGUUACUUGCAGAUUCUGCAUAUCCAAAUGUACCGUAUAUCAUGACUCCGUUACAAAAUCCUGUAACACCACAAGAACAUCUUUACAAUGAAGCACAAAUCCGAACACGGUCAAUAAUUGAAAGAUUUUUCGGAAUUUGGAAAAAAAAAUUUGCAGUCUUAUCAAUCGGCACACGUUUUCAUACUAUUGAAAGAACACUUCCCAUUAUCAUAGCGACAGCUGUUUUGCAUAAUAUAAUGCAGCAGGAAAUUGAGCAGAAUGUAAUCGAAUGUAGAUUAUACGAUAAUGCUACUGUGCAAAUGGAAGAUGAAAAUAUGAAUAAUAGGAAUAUCGAUAAUGUACGGCAUCACAUUAUAGAAUAUUUUGAAAGGUAAUGAAAAUA